AUGUGGAAGAAUACAAAACCGACGCAUCUUGCCUUCAAAGCACACAAUCGACAUGUCGUGACCUGUUUACAAUUCGACGACGACAAGAUUAUAGCCGGUAGCGACAAUGCCAAAAUCAACGUGUACGACACCAAGACCGGGUCACUUCGAGCAACACUACAAGGCCACAAAGGUGGUGUAUGGGGCCUUGAAUGCCAUCACAAUACUCUAGUCUCUGCAUCGACAGAUCGCACCAUCCGAGUAUGGGACAUUGAGAGAGCCAAGUGCACCCAUUUAUUCCAAGGUCACACAUCCACAGUACGGAACUUACAGAUAUUAUUCCCAGUUCAAAUUGACCAGCACCCGGAUGGUACGCCAGUGAUGAUGCCCGAACAACCAUUAAUCAUUUCGGGAUCCCGUGAUUCGACACUGCGUGUUUGGAAACUUCCUCAACAAAGCGACUCGGAGUAUUUCCCUCCUGCUGAAGGCGAUGAGGAGUGUCCAUAUCUUAUUCGGGUAUUGACUGGUCACCAACACUCCGUGCGAGCAGUUGCAGCCCAUGGGGAUACACUGGUCAGCGGUAGCUACGAUUGUACCGUGCGAGUUUGGAGGAUAUCCACCGGGGACUCCCUACAUCAGCUACAAGGCCAUACAAUGAAGGUUUAUAGCGUAUCGUUGGACCAGAAGAGGAACCGCUGUAUCAGUGGAUCAAUGGACCAUGUGGUUAAGAUCUGGUCUCUUGAUACAGGUACGUUACUAUAUAAUCUCGAAGGUCACACAUCGUUGGUGGGCAUACUGGAUUUGAAAGAAGAUAUACUCGUCUCGGCCUCUGCGGACGCUACACUUAGAAUUUGGGACCCCGAAAAUGGACAUUGUCAGAGCGUGUUGGGCGGUCAUCCUUCAGCGAUCACAAGCUUCCAGCACGAUGGUCAAAAGAUAAUCUCCGGUUCCGAUAGGAAUGUGAAGAUGUGGGAUGUACGGACUGGUUUACUUGAAAGGGACCUCCUCGCCGACCUUAGCGGUGUCUGGCAAGUCCAGUUCGAUGCCCAACGUUGUGUUGCGGCAGUUCAACGUGGGGGCCAGACCUAUAUCGAGAUUCUCGACUUCGGCGUAUCCCCUGAUGCCAUACCAUCUGACCGACUGGGGAGACGGGUUUUAGUUGAUGAGCUAGGUGAUGAGAUCGAAGGCCCGAAGUGA